GUUUUUUCAAACGUUCAAACUUCAUGACCGUUUUUUGGCGCUUCAAGCAACCAUCAUCCUCUACUCUAACUUAAUAACUUGUUUGGUUUUGCAAAAUCACUUCAAUUGAAAAAAGCUCUUCUGAUCAAAACAGUCCCUAGUGGUUUCUUCUCCAUGGUAGCUUUUAGGCUUUGCUAUUCCCAGAAGUGAAAUUAACUUUUCCUUUCUCUCUCUCUCUCUCUCUCUCUUUCAUGUGUUUGUUCAUGCCUUGUAUGUUUAUAUUUUCUUUGGCAUUAAGGAACUAUCUAAUCAAGAUUAGCCAUCAAUUAUUAUGCUUAUAAAAUGAUCACAACUGUCUUAAUUGAGUUGUAAUUUCUUCAUCAAUUACCUGACUAGUGAUACAGAAAGGAUUCAGGAGUGGAAUACCUGAAAUUCUGAAGGCAACUUAACAAAUGGGGCUACUGGAGCUAUUUUCUGUUGCCUCUAUGCCUGUUUUGAAAGUACUGUUGGUGACUGCACUUGGUUCAUUCCUUGCUUUAGAUCAUGUAGACAUAUUGGGAGAUGAUGCAAGGAAGCAUUUGAAUAGAGUUGUUUAUUUUGUGUUCAAUCCUGCACUUGUUGGUAGCAACAUUGCUAGAACAAUUACACUUGAAAGCAUUGCCUUGUUGUGGUUUAUGCCCCUCAAUAUUCUUAUCACGUUUAUAAUUGGCUCAGCACUUGGAUGGUUACUUGUAAAAGUCACAAGAGGUUCUCAACAUCUAAAAGGCCUUAUAAUAGGUUCAUGUGCAGCAGGAAACUUGGGACACUUGCCUAUAAUAAUAAUCUCAGCAGUAUGUCGAGAGAAAGGCAGUCCAUUUGGAGCACCUGAAGUUUGUUAUACGUAUGGAAUGGCUUAUGCUUCACUUUCAAUGGCGAUAGGAGCCAUUUAUAUAUGGACUUACGUUUAUAAUAUCGUGCGGUUGUCCUCAAUAAAGAUUAUUCAAGAACUGGACAUUGACGACUCCACUAGCAAUGAUGAAUCUACAGGUGAAACGUCAAAAACGUUCCAUGGGAGUUGCGCAGAAUUGCUUCUUCCUUCGAAAGUUACUCUGCCGGGCGCUAAAGCUGAUGGAAAAGCUAAGGUGCUAAUCUUGGAUAAGGCUAAGCAAUUUAUGAGGAUGUUUUUGAGGAAGACUAAUCUGAAGGCACUACUUGCACCUUCAACUACUGGAGCGAUUGUUGGGUUCAUCAUUGGAAUUGUCCCUUAUGUGCGAAAGUUGUUGAUUGGUGGUACUGCUCCUUUUCAUGUGGUCCAAGGCUCUGCUUCCUUGCUCGGGAAUGCAGCCAUCCCAACUGUUACCUUGAUAGUGGGAGGAAACCUUCUUAAAGGUUUUAAAGGGUCAGGAAUUAACCUGCCACUCAUUGUUGGAAUUAUAGCAGUUCGGUAUCUUUUCCUUCCUAUGCUUGGCAUUUUCAUUGUUCAAGGUGCAGUUCAUUUUGGCCUGGUGCACUCGGAUCCAUUGUAUCAGUUUGUUCUUCUACUGCAGUAUGCACUUCCACCAGCAAUGAACUUGGGUACAAUUACCCAAUUGUUUGGAGCCGGCGAAAGUGAAUGUUCUGUUAUCUUGCUGUGGGCUUAUGCCUUGGCAUCAAUCUCACUGACUGUUUGGUCAACCUUCUUCAUGUGGCUGGUAACUUGAUUAGAUCAGGUGAUGGAGAUCGUGAAGUGUUUCGCACCUAUGUCAGGCAUAGGGACAUUUUAUUAGGGAUAUUAGAAUGUUUACUUGUUAUUUUAGUAAUUAUUGGGUAUUUUAUUUUAUUAUUGGGUUUGCCUAUAAAAGGCCUUGAGGUAACAGACUUCAUUAGUAUUUUUUUUUUGCUUUGGAGAUUAUUGAAUAUUGCUUCAUCUGAAAUCUCUGCAUGUUCUCUUCUUCUUCCAUUUUCUGUUUUUGCUUUUCUCACCCACUCCAUCUAUCCAACCUAUCUAUUUACUCUGUUCUAACCCUCUUCCUCUGACUCCUCGUCACCGCCUUCUAAUCUCAUCUCUUCUUCUAUUUUCUCACCCCCUGAUUUCCUUCAGGUUCGUCAUCAUCAAGUGCUUGGUAUCACGUGGCAAUGCCUCAUAUCCUGUGUACUAUCCUUUCAGUUUAGACAGUUCACAUAUGAAGAUUAAAUUACAAUAUGUAUCUUAUGAAUGGUUUAUGAAGUAUUAGUAACUUUGGAUAGUUUCUUUUAGUAAUUUUGGAUCGACUCAGAAGCUGAUUGAAAAAUGGAGGAUGUUACUUGAGCCAUGCUA